AUGUUUUGUGAAGCCGACCCGGUGUUAUUUGACCGAGGAAAGCACGGCCAACUCAUUGAGGCCCUACAGGAAUUCGCGGCGUAUGUAUUUUAGACAAUUCUGUUAUUCCUAGGGUUUCCCUUUUAUCGAUUUUGUCUUUCUUUCUUACAAAACUUACAAUUAACGGCAAGACUCGGAAAUAUGGACUUGUAGUGUUUUUACAUUACUUUUGAAGUUUCUCUAGGGCGUUAUGAGGAUGCUAUUCCGAUAAAUACUUUUUGUUCUUACAACGCUUCCUUUCUUUGUCAUAAAAAAUGGAGUAACGCCACGAAAACGCGUCAUUAUUAUUGGUCAUGCAUAAUCUCAUUAAUUGGGAGUGUGGCCAAAGAAAAAAAAAACUAAUUGUCCUUGUAAAACAGGCGCUGACUAAACUCGAUAAGGAUUUCCAUUUGCCUGAGUGAGACUAGAAACAUAAUGUUGGAUUCAUUGAAGCUGUUUUGAGAUGACACUUUCCCUGAUUAGCAUAAUUUGUUCAUGGUAACAUUGCAGAGUCUACAACGCCAUCCAUCCGUUCCUCUGUCUGUUCAUCUGUCCCCUGGGGAUCUUGGCCAAUCUGGUCCACAUCCUCGUCCUCACUCGCCGCCGGAUGCGGAGAUGUGCCGUCAACUCUGUACUGAUAGGGAUCGCGAUCUGUGACGUCAUCACCAUGACCAGCUACUUCAUCUACAUUGUGCGUUUCGAGUUCGCCAAGGGACUGACGAAGUGAGUUUUCUUCAUUUUAUGGGCUUCCGGGUUCUCGAAAGCACGUACUCGAUCGGGCAUUUCUGGCUUCUUGUUUUUACGGAAAACACCCGCUUAAUAUGCAGCGAAGCCAUUAGCUCAGAAAUGUAUUGAGACCAUAAAUUUCAGCUACUUCUGGGCUGUUGUCCUUGAGUUCCAUGCGACUCUCUCCAUCUGCUUGCACACCAUUAACCUCUACUUGUGCGUGACAAUGGCAUUCAUAAGAUGGAAGGCCAUGCGGACCUCGAAAAGCGCCGUUAUGAAGCCGAACACCGCCUGGUAAUAAUACCUCUGAUUUCUUCUCUGGAGACCGCAAAACCUGAAGUAAUCAUCCAAAUUUCAGGAAGAUAUUCUGUGUGAUUGCUCUGGUCGUGAGUGUUCUCUGUGUCCCCACAUUCCUGGUACAUGAGGCCCAUGAAGUGAACCUGACCGUCGAGAACACCACCUAUUCGUUUUAUACGGUGGAUAUCUCGGACUGGGCUCGGAUGAAUAGAUGUAGAUGGUUCAAGGCAAAUCUCUGGAUCAUCGGAAUCGUCCUCAAGGCCAUUCCUUGCUUCCUUUUGCUAUGGUUUACCAUGGCUUUGAUGAUCCGACUUCACAAAAACAACGCCAAACGGGCCAUGUUGUUGUACACGAAUAGCGUGAAGGGUGCCCGGAAGAGACGUCAGAAUUACGAUCGAACUACUUUCACACUCAUUGUCAUGCUCACUGCCUUCUUAGUGAGUUUUGUUACGUAAUCAUGAUUCACCUCUCCAACAAAUUUAUUUAUUUAUUUUAGCUUACCGAAUUACCUCAAGGAAUGCUUACCAUGUUAAAUGGAGUCUACACAAAUGAUGUGCACACAGUAAUUUACAUGAAUCUUGCCAAUGUUCUAGAUGUUUUAUCUCUUAUCAAUUGUUAUGUUGGAUUCAUUGCUUACUGUUUCCUCUGCUCAAAAUAUCGGCAGACUUUCAUGAUGAUGAUAUUGACGACGUAAGUUUGCAUUAUCAUAGGCUCUAAGACGAUUCUCAGGAUGGAAAAAUCUCCAAAAAAAGCUAAGAUAGACGCCUAUGUUCACACAUCAAGAGCACUUUUGGAUGAGAUUACGACCAACAACAUGACCAAUGGGAAUGUGAAGUAA